CAGUGUUUACGUAUGUGUUUGCGGUUAGACUAGCGCCACCUUAUCAUAAAAGGAUUUCCGACGAAAAUUGGUGGCAAUAUACGUAGAAUAUAAUAUUGUAAGGAUUACUUCUUUACAUAAUAAAGGCUGAGUUGAUAAGAUAUUCAGGGACCUAUGUAAUUAUUGUGUUUUAACAUGAAAGAAAAAUAUAGAAAAUGCUUGAAAUGUGGGGAAUCCCCAAGUGACAAUGCUCGUGUUAUUUUACAUCGUUUCCCUAAGCCCGGAAGAACCAAUAAACUUCGGUGCGAAGCAUGGGCUAAAUUCUGUUUUCCUGACGGCGAAUGGGACUUGCCAGAAUUCCAUAAAAAGUUAUUCACAGAACACAGAAUGCUCUGCAAUAAACAUUUUAGAAUGUCAUCAUUUAUGGAUAUAUCUCGUAGAAGAUUAAUUAAAACUGCUACACCAGACCCUGAAUCUGAAAAGAUAUUUAACGAAACUAAAAACUUGAAUGCAUCAGUAUCAGGUGAGGUGUCGAAACCUUUAUUACAUAAUACAACUCUUCUCAGUAUCGAUGAGUCUUCAAAAGAACUUGAUCUUCAGAAAUUAAAGGAUUCAGAAAAUGGAAAUUCCAUACGAGAAACAGUUAUAAAAGAACCUCCAUCUAAAAAGAUAAGAAACGAAACUAAAAAUAAUAUCAUAUCAGUAUCAAAAGUUACAGAAAACCAAGAACCAACUCAAAACAUACCUCAAGUGUCGAAAAAAAUAGAACCAACUCAAAACAUACCUCAAGUGUCGAAAAAAAUAGAGCCAACCCAAAUCAUACCUCAAGUGUCGAAAAGAAUAGAACCAACUCAAAUCGUACCUCAAGUGUCGAAAAAAAUAGAACCAACUCAAAUCAUACCUCAAGUGUCGAAAAAAAUAGAACAAACUCGAAACAUACCUCAAGUGUCGAAAAAAAUAAAACCGACUCAAAACAUACCUCAAGUGUCGAAAAAGGAAGAACCAACUCAAAAUGUACCUCAAGUAUCGAAAAAGAAAGAACCAACUCAAAACGCACCUCAAGUGUCGAAACCCUUAUUAUAUAAUACGACAUUUCUCAAUACAGAAGAGUCGGAAGGACUUGAGCUUCGGAAGUCAAACGAUUCAGAAAAUGUAUAUUCAAUAUAUCGAGAAACAGAUAAAGAAGAACCAAGUAAACUUCCUUCUGAAUAUAACAGAAGUUUAUACAUCAAAUGCAAAAAACAAUCAAACAAAAUCAAACAACUUCGAAAUAUUAUACGCGAACUGAAAGAAAAAUUACAUGCCUGUAAAAUUUCAACCGGUCCAGUUCUAAAGAAUAAAUUAAAGAAAUUUAAAAUUAAAUCGAAUACUUGCGAAUGGGAUAUGAAUACAAAAAUUGUAGCACUAAAACUGUAUAAACGCUCUCAGUCCUAUUACAAUUUGUUAAGGAAGAUAAUUUGCUUACCAGAUCCGAGCACAUUGAGGAGUCUUCUUAACAAGUUUAAUUGAUCAUAUAAAUAAUGAAACGAACAAAACGUGUUUAAAUGUUAUUUGAUGAUUUUAUGAAAAUAUUUUAUGGUUGGGCUUUAGGAGGCAAGAAACCAUCCUAUAUAAGUAUUCUUUGAGGAUUUUACUUUUCUAUCCAUUGAGAUAUACAUAAUAUGGAGACGACACCGCCUACAUCACUUAUGUUCCGCUCAACAUAAGCCAUAUGGCCAAACUGCACUCAGUCGCUUUAGCGCGAUAGUCGCGUUCAUGUCUUGUUUGUUUUAUAGCAAAAAACCAUGAAACUCAUCAAAUAUGCCCUCGAGUGUGUUACGAUAUUGCACUAAUAAUUCAAGUAAUGCGGCAAAGUGCAAAGAAAUAACUUUUCAUCGGUAAUUAACUAGAUAAUCAUUUUUAAAACUUGGUUCGAGUAAAAUUUUUGGCGGGCGCCAUUUUGCGUCAUUUGACUCACUAGCCGCCCCGCGCCGCCGCGCUUGGCGCACAGAUUUUCUUCGUGGUGUCUCCUCCAUACGUAGUAAUAAUAGCUCAAUGUUUCUAUCCCAUUUUUUUAAUUCUAUGCUGAAAGUAAGCUAAUAAUAAAUUGUAACGAGUGACGACAAUACGGAGAAGAGCCAAAAUUAGGGAAAAUACGUUUACUAAAAGCAAAACAAAGAAUUAAAUGGCAGAACAGGGAUAUAUUAUAAUAUUUCACGCUCAAUGAGCGUUUUCGGUAAAAUAGCUUAUUUCGUGUUGUGAUCACAGUAAUAUUACACGUGAAAUUCGCUUUGGUUUAAUGUUCUAAGGAAAUUCGUGUUGUGGCUCUAAUUAAGAACACGUUGUGGCAAUGAAGAAAUGCCACGAUGCGAUCUGAAUAAUCAUUGGUACCUACUGAUAAGUUUAUUUAUUCUGUGCAUUAGUACAUUGAACAUUCUUCUACGGUGUAUAUCAUAUAUUGUGUUCCACAUGUCCCUUGAUGUUGUAUUCAAAUAAACUGACUUCGAAAUACAUA